AAUCAUGAGACGUACAGUUCUGGAUGAUAAUAUAUAACGUGCAGCAACUAUUUAAUCAAACUGCACAACAUCAUCAUCGUGUCAUGCAAAUGAACUAGCCCGUCGCGAUCGCCUACUACUGUAACGCGUGUUCGGCGCAACAACUUCGGAGACUUUCGGUCCCCCCCAGCAUCCGCACUUGUUUUUCUCUGCAUCGCCAGAACUUCUUGCUGAUGAGAGGAUAAGAGAUUUGACACGGGAGAAACCAUCGUGGCCUCAGGUGCAGCGAGAGCCCAAACUGACGUAGGAGCGCGGGCUCGCGUGACGCUCCCGUCGAAACGUCUUCUUCUUUUGUGGUGGUGUUUCCAUCAUCAGGCGCUGUCCCGCGCCGUCUUUCACCUUUGCCCAUGCAGAUGGUGACUGACCGGGGACGAAGCCGUUCUGGGAGGGGGGGGGAUCAUCCGCGUUUCGAUUCAGGACAUUUGUGCGCCAUUGAAGGUAAUCCCUGCUGGAAUAAUGGACGCGGCUCACUCAUGUGCAAACGUAACAUGCAGUCUCACCUUCAGCUGCUUUUCCCCCUUUAUGAUGAUCUCUUAUCUGAAACACUGAUAAUGCUGCGAAGCUCCCAGAAUGAACAAAGCCAUGGGUGUGUGAUGCUUGUGUCGGAAAUCACACACAUGUCAAACACCAAAGCGGAGUUAAUGUGAAGGAAGAAUCCAGGAGAAAUCAAUAAUGACAUUUGGGAAGAAGACAUCAGCAGGCGGCGCAUGACUGACAGGAAGCGGGACCUGGGCGUCGUGGUGUCGGACCUGACAGAUCAUUACAGAUAGCGAGCAGCCCGGCGGUGGCCAUGAACCCGGGCGAGGCUGAGACGGAGAAGCUGGAGGCCUCUGUGGACAAGAGCAAAAUGAAAGGGGGCAGAGCUGACCAGGACAAGUCCCUUUGCUACGCGUGCAACAUCUGCGGCAAGAGCUUCCCUUUCCAGAGCUCGCUGUCGCAGCACAUGCGCAAGCACACCGGCGAGAGGCCCUACAAGUGUCCCUACUGCGAGCACCGUGCCUCCCAGAAGGGCAGCCUCAAGCUGCACAUCCGUGGCCACAAGCUGGGCACUCUGAGCCACGGCUUCGAGGAAGCGGACGGUGAACUGGCGGAGGCCGGCGUGUCCGAAGGCCUGGGGGCAUGCGCCAGCCCCACCGAGAGCACCUCCGCCUGUAACGGCGUGCUGCACGACGGCGCCAAGGACGAUGACGGAGACAAGGUGCCCUCCAAGGGUGCCAAGAGGGACAGGGCUGCGCUGCGAUGUGCCCUCUGCAAGAGGAAACUGGGCAGCCGAGAAGAGCUGGAACGGCACGCGCAGCUUCACAAGCCCUACCGCUGCCGGCUCUGCAGCUUUGUGGUCAUGCGUGAGGACCAGCUGCUUUGCCACAUCGAGAAGAUGCACAUCACCGUAGAGGCAGCCGUGCCGGAGGCGGUCGAUGGAGAGGCUGGCCCGGACGGGCAGUCCGAGGGGCCCUUCCCCUGCAAGCUGUGCGACAAGGUCUUUGGCCAGGCCUGGCUCCUCAAGGCUCACACGAAGAAGCACCUGGCCUCCACGGAGCAUUGCUGCCACGUGUGCGGUCGCCGUUUCCGUGAGGCCUGGUUCCUCAGGAGCCACAUGAAGACCCACGGCUCCAAGGCCGGCGGCCGGGGAAAGGCCAAAGGCGACUCGGAACCGGCGGCCACCAUAAACGACGUGGUGCAGGACGAGACGGCCAUGGUCAAUGGACUGUGCCUCUUUGAGAUCUGCUCGCGGUGUGGGAACCUCUUCCAUGAUCAGGAGAGCCUGCAGGUACACGAGAGGGUCCACACUCACGCCCACAGGAUAAACGGCAAGAGGCCUCACAGCCGCAGGAAAUCCAGUGACGACUUGGACUCGUCGUCCGCCAAGAAGCUUUUCAUGGAGGGCCUGAACCUAAGACCAGCUGCAGCCAAAGACAGUCCCAUGGAGGAAACGCUGGGGAAGCGCAUUCCGGAGCUUGACCCAGUUUGUAGCUACCAGGCCUGGCAGCUCACCACCAAGGGCCGAGUGGCCGAGGUCUCGGAUGCCGGGAGAUACCUGGGCUGGGAUGAGGUGCUGGAAGAUGCCGACGUGGCCUACGAUGAAGAGAAAGGUGAGUACACCGUAGUGGGACCGGAGAGGUGCCGGCAAGAACCUGGGUGCCACAGCACCUCUGGCGGACAGAGGAGGCGAAGCAACGGAAACAACGCCCGGCAUCAGCACCGCAGCAGUGGCGGGAGCAGUUGCCAGCCGAGCCCUUCCUGCGUCGGAGAGGUCAGCCCAGAGAGCAUGAGCGACGCCGAGUACCGCCCACCGUCCCGCCAGAGCCGGCGGGCCUCCCAGAGCAAGAGCGCCGAGUGCUUCGAAUGCGGCAGGGUGUUCCGCACCCACCACCAGAUGGUGCUGCAUUCGCGCAUGCACCGCAAGGAUGCCCGCUCGGGAGGGGAGAGCAGAGGCCAGGGGGAGCGCCUGGGCUCUGCCAGUGAGGCCGAGUCGGGAUCUGCCAGCCGCCCCAGCACUCCCGGGUGCGAGGACUCGCCCCCCUUCGUUGUGGGAGAGGACACAGCUGGCGACGCCUCUCUAGAUAAAAAGCCAUACAUCUGCAACCGCUGCAAUGUUGUGACGACAGACCUCUCCUCCUGGCUCUCGCAUGUGAAGCUCUACCAUAAAGAGCAGGGCGGCGAGCCUUCGUCCUCGAGACCGAACCAAAUUGAACCCAAGUCCACAGAGGGCGAAGGUGCGGGCUCUCUGCCUGCGGGAGCAGGAGAGGGCACGGAGUUCCCCAAGCUGAAAAAGGCUCUCCUGCAGGAGCCCCCGGUGCCGUCGUCCCCCAGAGGGGGGGCUGCUGGGAGCGCAGCCGAAAUGCAGAAUGGGACCAGAACUCGGGGCAAGGUGGACUCGGUCCCGCUCAACCUGACUCUGCAGGCUGGGAGCCAAACGGCCGGGGUCGGAUCCCGCCUGCAAGGCUCCAUGGUGACGCACCAGUGCACCAGCUGCCCCUUUGUCACCCGCUACCCCGAGGUGCUCUGGAUCCACCAGCGUGUCUAUCACAAAGCCAACGGUGGCACCCCGGCGGCCCGGUGGACCCCUAAGAGGCGUACGGGACCCCCGCCUGCACUGGAUGGACAGGAAUGCCCGCCGCUUCCCCCCACAUGGGUUCCUCGCACCCGCCCCCCAGUCCCCGGCAGUUCCAGAAAGAGCAGGAGUGUAGAGUCCAGCAGCAGCUCGUCCAACAGGGACUCCAGCUCAGUGUCCAGAGCGCCGCCCUCUAAGUCACCCUUGCAUCCUGCUAAAAAACACAAAGCCAGCAAGCACAGCGCGGAGGAGGGGAUGCAAUCGAGACCCCGGCUGGAGCCGCACCCAACAGCAGACUCGGCGGCUGCACCGGAGAAGAGCGCUGCGGGAUGCCCUCGGAGAACCGGCAGCCCCAAAGGCAGCAGCCAGCUGGAGAGGUUCUCGCUGCCCCGGGAGGGCUUGGGCUUCAUGCUCUCCAGCAAGCAUGCCCUGUCUGAGAACGCCAGGGGCGCGACCCUCUCCUCCCACCCUCUCCCAGGCAGGACCCACAACCAGCAGGAGACUCACGGUCCACGGCAUGGCGCGGACCCACGGGCCGCCCCCGGCUCGGGCGCUGCCUGGUCACGGAGCUCCGCCCUGCUUGACGCACCGCCCUUUCUGACCCAGGUGACGAAGGAGCCGUCCACGGACAUAGCGGAGCCUCCUGGGGGCAUCUUUGGCUUCCUGAAGAGCUGCAACUCCCAUGGCCUGACGAACCUGUACCAGCGCUGGGGGGGCCUCACCGGUAGUGCGCUGGACCACACAGGGAUACUGAGGUCGCUGGUCCGCCAAGGGGACUACCCCUGCCAGGAGUGCGGCAAGAGCUUCGGCCAGCCCAGCCACCUCCGCACCCACAUGAGGUCCCACACAGGAGAACGGCCGUUCCGGUGCCAGCACUGCCCGUACAGCUCCUCCCAGAAGGGCAACCUGAAGACUCACGUCCAGUGCGUGCACCGCCUGGCUUUUGAAGGGGGGCUUCAGCAGGGCAGGCCCCGCCCGCCCGGCCAGCCUGCGGAACACGCCCUGGAGGACCCGAUCCAGGAUCGCUCGGUGCCCGAGACCACCGUGCUGGACUGAGAGAUGGCCCCCCGCCUCUGCGCCGAAGCCUCCGGGAACGGGACGGGGGACGCCAGUCUGGCUCCUUCCUCUGAGCCCAGAAAAAUUACACACUGCACUGUUACUGGGUCAUACAGUCUAGCGAUAUUGGGCAACCGACUGUUUACUGCACUCCUCCCCACGUUCGUCCCCUUUCUCUCACGGCAAUCUGACCUGAGACGCGCCGUAAGGGUACGAGGCCGGUGGCAGUCGUCCGGAAAGCCGAGGCCCCUCCGCCGCGCCCUCAGGGGCGGUACCAAGUCCGGACGCCAUCGGACCACGCGGGGCGCGGAGAAGCAAAGACCGUUCGAUCCCUUUUUGCGUUGUGUCUUGGUUCCUUAAAACCGCUUUGCUCAGGCGGCUUUCUGGAUGUUGAAGCGCAGCGGCUGAAGCGGUGCGGUCGGGCGUCAGACGCAGCGUACGCGAAAGACGUGACGUCUCCUUACUCAGGACUCGGACAGGGCCGAAUUCCAAAGGCAGAGCGCUGCGGUACCAGCGGUACCGGCGAGAUACUAUUGCGGAGCGGAAGCGGAAGAGUGCGGUUGUUUUGCUGGCAGCUGCACUUGUUCAAGUUGGGGAGGACAGUAACACUUACCAUGCUAUACUUGAAUGAGUUUGUGUCUCUACCUGGCAACCUCACCUCUACUGAUACCGUUGUGUUUUCUUUCUCCCUCCUGUUCCGAAUCUACUGGAGUGUAACGAUAUGUUUUUUGGUAAAUGUAGCUUUCACCCAGACCCCCCCCAGGACUGAAAGCCAUUGUGAAUAUGCAAUGAUCUGGCCUCUCCAGGGAUAUUUAUUGGGCUGUGAACCUGGACCUGAUGCUGUUGGCUGAUAUCGCGUCCCAGCUUUUUAAGGUAUUGCACUGUAGACAAAAAUGCUGCCUGGUAGCAAGAGGAAUUGAUUUUUAUAACACCAAUGCAAGAAUUUUAUA